AUGACAUCGUUAGUGCUCCAGACCCGUCUCGCGCCUCCUUCUCUCGCCGCCCCUCCUGGUGCAGCCAUCGCAGCCGUCGCAUUCCUUCCCGAGCGUCGCCGCGGUCGCCCGGUGGGGUCGCCGAGCUGGCGAUUUGUCGCACAGCCGCCACGGCUGAGCGCGCCGAGCGGGCUGAGCGCGCGACGGCAUGGAGAUGGCGAGAUUGGCUUUCGUUCUGAUCGAACGGCGAGGGUUGGUCGGGAGAGGAGUGGAGGUGGAUUAACGGCGAGAUGCCAGGGGCAGAGAGCACAGGGGGGAGGCGAGAGAGCUGACGUGGCAGAUGGGGAGAAGACAGCUCAGCUGGAAAAAUCGCCUCUGGCGGACCAAUCCGUGGCUGCCACGUGUAUCAACGCCAUCCGCAUGCUGGUGGUCGAUGCAGUCAACAACGUCAACGCGGGCCACCCCGGGUCCGCCAUGGGGCUCGCGCCACUUGGCGCGCUGCUAUUCGCCGAGGAGAUGCGCUUCGACCCCGCUGAUCCCGCGUGGCCCAAUCGCGACCGCUUCAUUCUGAGCAACGGCCACGUGUGUCUGCUGCAGUACUGCCUGCUGCACCUCACGGGUUACAAUCUCCAGAUGGGGGAUCUGAAGCGGCUGGCAAAGCUGGGGAGCAAGACGCCAGGGCACCCGGAGAACACACUCACUCCCGGGAUAGAGGUCACCACAGGUCCUCUGGGGCAGGGCUUUGCGAAUGCGGUGGGCGUGGCGGCAGCAGAGGCGCACCUAGCUGCUCGCCUCAACACCGUUGACUUCCCUGACCUCCUUGACCACCACACGUUCGUGGUAUUUGGCGACGGCUGUGCAAUGGAGGGCGUGGUGAACGAGGCAGCGUCCCUGGCGGGGCACUGGGGGCUGGGGAAGCUCAUUGCCUUCUAUGACUCCAACCAGGUCACCAUAGACGGCAGCACGGCCCUUGCCUUCUCAGAAGAUGUCAUGGGCCGCUUUGCCGCGCUGAGGUGGCACGUGCAGCGAAUCACACUGCGCGUCGCUGCUGACCUGGACGCGCUUCGCGCCGCCAUACAAGCCGCCAAGAGUGAAACCCACAAGCCAUCGGUCAUUCAAGUGGACACGGUGAUUGGGUUUGGGUCGCCCAGGAAGCAGGGCACCAGUGCGGCCCACCAUGGGGCGUUUGGACCCGAGGAGACUGAAGCUAUUCGGGAGACACUGCACUGGCCCUACAACGAGCCGUUUACUGUUCCCGAGGAGGUGUACAGGGUCAUGCAUGCGGCGGCAGCGCGCGGCCAAUCAGCGGCCGCCAGCUGGAGGGAUCGGACGGUGCAGUACCGCCAGCGCCACCCGGACCGGGCGGCGCUUUUGGACGCACUCACAGUGCCUGGGCGGCUGCCAGCUGGCUGGGAAGACUCAUUGCCGCACUUCGAACCAUCAACACCACCCGAUGCCACGCGGGGUUACUCAGAGACCUGCCUCAACGCCCUCGUGCACUCGCUACCCAACCUGCUGGGCGGCAGCGCUGACCUGGCAUCCUCCAAUAAGGUGUCAUUCCACGGGCUACCAGACUUCUCCCGAGAGUGCUUUGAGGGCCGCAACUUCCACUACGGCGUGCGCGAGCAUGCCAUGGCUGCCAUCAGCAACGGACUCGCUCUCCACUCACACGCGCUCAUACCAGUGGCAGCCACCUUCCUCGUCUUUUCCGACUACAUGCGCCCGGCAGUGCGCCUCGCCGCCCUCUCUGCCGCCCACGUGCUCUUUGUCUUUACCCACGACUCCAUCGGGCUGGGGGAGGACGGCCCCACGCACCAGCCAGUGGAGCAUCUCCCAUCUCUCCGCGCAAUCCCCAACCUCCACGUCAUCCGCCCGGGUGACGCCACCGAGACAGCUGGCGCCUACGUGGCGGCGAUCCGGCGCAGCGUGGGGCCCACCGCGAUCCUGCUGUCCCGUCAGAAGCUGAUAGCUCAGCUCCGGGGGUCGUGUAGGGAAGGGGUGCUGAAGGGGGGUUAUGUGCUGGGCGGUGGGGGAGGGGAAGGAGAGGAGGAGGGAGUGGGAGAGAAGGAUGGAGGGGAGAUGGGAGAUGAGGGAGAGGGAGGCGGUGGUGCUGGAUUGGAUUUGAUUCUGAUCGGGUCAGGGUCAGAGCUGGUGCUCUGCCAGGAUGCUGCUGAGAAGCUUCGCCAGGAAGGGUACAGUGUGCGGGUGGUGUCUCUGCCCUGCUGGGAGCUCUUCAGGCAGCAGCCUCGGGAGUAUCGGGAAGCUGUGCUGCCGCCACGUGUCACCAAACGACUGGCCGUUGAGGCUGCUCGCUCCCAGGGCUGGUGCGAGUGGGUGGGGCCUGAAGGUGCUGUCCUCUCUGUUGAGCGAUUCGGUGCCAGCGGGCAUUAUCUUGAAGUGUUCCAUAAGUUUGGAUUCACUGUAGAGAACAUCAUAGAGCGUGCUUAUAUGGUGAUGGGGAGGACCCAGUGA